AUGGCAUCUGUACAGCAGCUCUUCUCGCUCGAGGGCCAAACCGCCCUCGUAACAGGCGGAACACGAGGUAUCGGUCAAUCCAUGGCUCUCGCGCUCGCAGAAGCAGGAGCAGACAUCCUCCUCGUCCAACGCGACACCAGCAACCAAACCACAAAACAAGCGAUCGAAUCCCUCGGCCGCAAAGCCACAAUCUACACCGCGGACCUCUCCUCCAAGUCCUCCAUCACCGCCCUGAUCCCCACCAUCCUAGCCGACUUUCCCAGAAUCCACAUCUUGUUAAACUGCGGCGGCAUCCAAAAGCGACACCCCGCGCACCAAUUCCCCGACGAAGACUGGGACGCCGUCCUGCAAGUAAAUCUCACCUCCGUCUUCCAACUCUGCCGCGACGUCGGCGCACACAUGCUAUCUUCACCCGCAGACCUGCCCCUCGGCCGCCGCGGAAGCAUCAUAAACGUUGCUUCCCUCCUCACCUUCCAGGGUGGUAUUACGGUGCCGGCGUAUGCGGCGAGUAAAGGGGGUGUGGGACAGCUUACCAAGGCGCUGUCGAAUGAGUGGGCGGGUAAGGGGGUUAGUGUUAAUGCGAUUGCGCCGGGGUAUAUUGCGACGGAUAUGAAUGAGGCGUUGAUUAAGGAUGAGAAGAGGGCGGAGAGUAUUCUGAGUCGCAUUCCGGCGGGGAGGUGGGGGAGCCCGGAGGAUUUCAAGGGCGCGGUGGUGUUUUUGGGGAGCGCGGCGAGUGCGUAUGUUAGUGGGGAGGUGCUUACUGUUGAUGGGGGGUGGAUGGGUAGGUAG